CUGGUUGCGCAGACGCGGCGGCCAUGGCGGUCCGGCUGCUGCUGGCCCGGGCCCUGCGGCUGCUGCCGCGCUACCGCCCUCUCCGCGUCCCGCGCCUCGACCCCCGGCCCGACCCCCGGCCCGCUCCGCCGCCCUCGCCAUGGCGGCCCUGGCUGUCCUGGCUGCCGGCCGUCCGCAGCCUCCUCCUGCGCGGCCCGGCCGAGGGGCUGGCGGCCGUGGCGCGGCGGGGCCGUGGCGGGGCCUGCCUGGCGCUGGUCAUGGCGCUGGGGCUGGUGGAGCCGCGCCUGGAGGAGCAGCGACGGGCCGAGGCGGCGUGUCGGCACAUCCAGACAGUGUUUGUGGGAAAGAACAAGCCACAGAAAGAUCCUCUGAGCUCCUUCCGCUGGCAGGGCUUCAAGCUGGAGGAAUAUCUCAUCGGCCAGCCCCUGGGGAAGGGCUGCAACGCUGCUGUGUAUGAAGCAGCUAUCUCUUCCUCUCACCAUCCUCAGAGGUGUGUGGGGCAGGGGCCAGUGAUGCAGCAGGAUCACAGCUCAGCUUCCCAGGCAGCUGAAGAGGAGGCUGUAGUGAAACCCCAAGAGGCUUUUCCAUUAGCUAUCAAAAUGAUGUGGAACAUUUCGGAUAGUUCAUCAAGUGAAGCCAUCCUCAGUGCCAUGGGCAGGGAGCUGGUGCCAGCCACAGGAGUUGCCUUAGCUGGAGAAUAUGGAGCUGUCUCUGGACACAGAAAACCAGUCCCUGGGAGGAAGAAGUUGCAGCCUCAUCCAAACAUAAUCCAGGUGCUGAGAGCUUUCACCUCCUCUGUCCCUUUGCUGCCUGGAGCCUUCACAGAGUAUCCUGAUGUUCUACCUGUGAGCCUGAAUCCCAGAGGGAUCGGUCGCAGCCGCACUCUCUUCUUGGUGAUGAAGAGUUACCCCUGCACGCUGUGCCAGUACCUGAGGGAGAACAGCCCGGAUGUGUGGCUCUGCACAAUGAUGAUGUUGCAGCUCCUGGAAGGUGUGGAUCAUCUGGUUCAACAUGGAAUAGCACACAGAGACCUGAAGUCUGACAACAUCCUGGUUGAAUUUGAUUCUGCUGGCUGCCCCUGGCUGGUGAUCACAGACUUUGGGUGCUGUCUGGCAGAUGAACACCUUGGCCUGAGAUUGCCUUUCACCAGCAGUGGCAUGGAUCGAGGUGGCAACAGCGCUCUCAUGGCCCCUGAGGUGAGCACAGCCUCAGCUGGGCCAAACACAGUCAUCAACUACAGUAAAGCUGAUGCUUGGGCUGUUGGAACAAUGGCCUAUGAAAUCUUUGGCCUGGCCAAUCCUUUCUAUGGCCAAGGGAGCCUGGAAAGCAGAAGUUACAGUGAGGCCCAGCUGCCCAGCCUGCCCCAGCAUGUGCCCCUGGAGGUGAAGCAAGUGGUAAAGAUGCUCCUUGUGAGGGAUCCCAAGAAGAGGCUUUCUGCUAGAGUGGCUGCUAAUGUGCUUCACCUGAGUCUCUGGGGUGAGAGUGUUCUAGCAUCCAAGACCCUGAAGCCUGACCAGAUGAUCUCCUGGCUGCUCUGCCAGUCUGCAUCUGCUCUGCUCAUGGAGGGCCUGCUGGAUAAAAGCCGGGUAGAAACCAAAAUGAAGAUGUGCUUCCUGGCAAACCUUGAGUUUGAAGACCUCUGGGCAGCAAUAUUCCUCUUGUUGGCCUGGAGAAGCCAGGCUGGGUGAAAGGGACUGGCUGGGGCAUGACCAGGGCAUAGCUCAGCAUCACUUUCUAACAGUCUUUUGUGUCUGCCUGCAAUCCUGGCAGUGCUUUGGAGAGCAAAAGCUGAGACCUGCCUUUAAGGAGGUGGAGUUUAACCCUAGCAAGCAUUAGUCUGCACUGCUUUACUCUCCCUGCUAAAGGAAAUGCUCUUGCCUCUUUACUCCCUUGGGGGGAGGGUGUGUGGGCCUUGCAGGUGUCCUGAGGGAUGGGGUUGGUUUUGUUCCCAUUUGGGAAUUCCUGACUUUAGGGUCCUGUGUUGAAUGAAGCAAGUUCCCUUGCAGAAGAGGAUGGGGGUGUGGGAGAAGGCUCUUCACAUGAGAGCAUCAAACUAUACACUGAGAAAGCCAAACUGGCAAAGGGAAACUUCUUUUCUUUGGGAUAUUAAGAUGCUAUUCCUCUGCAGCCACUGCUGGCUCCUGCUGUAAAACAACAGCCUAAAAGCCUCUGAGGGAGCUGCUGCCUGCUAAUGGCAGGAGCUGCUCACUUGCACCAUUAAAGAGCUGCCUGGUUCUAGGCAGAAAAGUGGAA